AUGUCGGCAUACAUACCACCAUCUGCCACUUUUAACAAGAACGAUCUUAGCCACAUGUUGUCUUUGGUUAAUAGUGAUGAUCACUAUAUAAUUUGCGGAGAUUUCAACAGCCAUCACCAGAUAUGGGGUAAUCGUAAUAUUGACGACAAAGGUUCGAUGAUGGUCGAAUUCAUAGAGGACAACGAUAUAGUACUGCUGAAUGAUGGAUCUAAAACGUUUUUUGGUUGCGCAAAUCCUACCGCGAUUGACCUUACAUUAUGCAACCCAUCGUUGGCUCUGAUUGCAACAUGGACAGCCAUGAAUGAAACCUUAGGUAGCGGGCAUUGUGUGAUAAGGGUAUCACUUCAAUUAAGACCUAAGGUCCAACAAAAGAUCUCUUAUGGUGUCCCUCGUUUUAUCCCUAAAGACACCUUAAACCAGGGUGUUUGGGGCAUACUUCAGAGCGACACUUUUAGGAUGACACAAGAGGGUGAGAAAUUUGAUGUGUUUUCUAGACUUUUUUAUGAAAAGUUUAAGGCAAGGACUGAUAUGAAAAAUCACCCUGACACGCCAUGGUGGAACUUAAAUUGCAAGAGGACUAAGGCUAAACAAAUUCGAGCUGUUUGCGAAUUCAGGAAGAGGCCAUCGAGGGAGAAUUUUAAGAGAUUUGCUUUAUCCAAAAAAGAGUACUUUUACACUAUCAGGUCCGAGAAAAGGCGUGGCUGGAAGUUGACAUGUGAGGGUAUAGACUCAGAGAUAACACCUACUGAACUUUGGAAGAUCAUUAAGAGAUUUAGAGGCAUGCACGUUCCCAAAUCACCCUCAAUACCUGAUUCAUGUAUAGAUCCAUUUUGUGAUACACUUGCCGGUCCUCAGGGCCCUAUUUUUAUUUCUCCAUGCUAUGAAGAUGAGGUUCCCGACGCCGCGUUCUCAAUGCCAGAGUUGGAAAUGGUAAUUGCUGCCUCUCGGGAUACCACACCCGGCUUUGAUGGCAUUCGCAAUGGCCAUAUCAAGGAAUUUGAUGGUGAUAUUAGGAAUGCACUCCUUGACUUAUUUAACGAUGUGUGGAGAAGCAGACGAAUUCCAGUCUCAUGGAUGCAAUAUAGGAUAACACCGAUACAUAAAAGAGGCAAAUGCCAAGCGAUAACAGGACCUCAUCGAACUAUUGCCUCAGCUCCUUUGAAUAAUGUUCGUGCUCUGUUUGCAUUUCUGCUUAUGUAA